AUGGAGGCGACGUCCCCUCCUCCAGCCAAUUCGUCAGAGGCCAAAUUUGCCCUCCCCAUCCUGUUCUUGGUCCUCCUCUCAGCAACCUCCAUCCUGGGUGUGGUCAGUAAUGGGUUGGUGAUUUGGGUAAUGCCCCAAAACAUCACCAGAAUCUGGCUCCUCAACCUGGCCGUGGCCAACUUCACCUACGCUGCCUUCCUACCAAUUAAUGUAGCUGCUUUAGCCUGGGGCCGAGGGGUCUGUAAGCUCUACCACACCCAGGUAUACCGAGACACACACGGACCCUUAACUGGGCUCACGUGUUGUUACAACAGCUACAAUCCAUGGCGGGGACGAAUGGAGCCAGCAGUGAGAUGGUACAAGACUCAGGCGGCCAUCGAUUUUGCGGCCAGCUUUGCAGGGCCUCUACUUGUCAUCAGCGGUUGCUCUGGCUUCAGCGCCGCCAACCUCAAGGCUGGAAGGCAGUCAACAAGAUCAAACCGGCCCUUACAGGCUCUGAUAGCGGUGGUCAUAGCCUUCUUCUGCUGCUGCUGCCCUCUGCACCUGGGGACCAUCUCGGAGCUGGUCAGCAAUCUGAAGAACGACCAAGGCCACAGCCUGCUUCGUUACCUGGCGAUGCCGGCCUUCACCCUGGCCAGCGCCAAUAGCAGCCUCAACCCACUCCUCUGCUCCUUCAUUGGGAUGAACUUUCGUCAGCAUCUCCUCAGCUCCAUGACAGCUGCUCUGGAGCAGGCCCCGGAGGCGGAAUCCAAGCCCGGCGGCGCUGCUGGGAACGAGGCCUCUGAACUCCAGGAGAGCCGGGCCCCAAGGGCUGUGCCUUCGGGUACCCGCGUGAGAGCCUGGCUCCUCUCGGUCCAUGAGGGUGGGAGGAGCCAGCCUGCUCGCAGUAUUGGCCAACCGCUCCUCUUUUAUAGGUCUUUGCCUCCGCUCCCUUUACAUCCUGAGGGCCCAGGAAAAGUUACACGGAUGUGA